AUGCAGAUAAUCGCUUCGGGAACCCUUUUCCUAACUCAUACUCUGUCUGUGCCAUGUCACCCAGCACCUUCAACAGUCAUUCGGGCCCAUGCCGUCGAGAAGAGUCGUGGUGGCUCAGCAAGCAUGGUCCUUUCUCUUCUCGCCCAAUUCCCGUGUGUGGAUACCGCACUAGUGGCCUCUCUGGGCGGCAAUGACGAGGGACAAGCGUUGAUCCGUCAACUCGAGAAGGAGGGCGUCAUCACGCGAUUUUGCAAAGUAUGGCGGAACCUGGGUGUACCAAGCGCAUGGGUAUUACACGCCAGCGAGAACGACACGCGAACUGUCAUCAAUCACAACCCCCUUCCGGACAUCACUCACGACGAGUUUAUUUCCCUUCUGGGCCCGUUGCUUGCUCCUGAAAAUUAUCCUUCGGUACCUCCCCCAUCACCUUCGCCAACCGUGCCAAAUACCCCAUUAUCUACAUCUAUAUCUACCCCUCGACCGAGUUUUAAUGUAGCCCCUUUUACCCCUGGAUAUAUUCGCAGUAGCCCUGCACCCUUUGACUGGCUACACUUCGAAGGACGGUCUGUAAAGACUACUCUCAGCAAUAUCACUGGCCUUAAUGGACUAGCUCGCGAGCGACGAUGGAGAAGCCACUGUGUCUUUAGCGUGGAUGUCGGUCGUAAAGGAAGACAGGGCGUUGAAGCGCUCAUUCCGCACGCAGAUGUAAUCUUCGUGAACAAGCAUUACGCCCAAGCCAAUUCACCCCACUAUGCGACUACCCCUCGUGCAUUCCUUCUUUCCUUGACAUCGAUAGCACCACCACACGCUCUGUUAGUUGCCCAUUGGGGAUCAGAGGGUGCUGCGGUCCUCUCGUUACCUACUCAGGAAUAUUUCCAGAGCUCGGGCUGGGUUGCCGAACGCAGAACAGCAUCAGAAGGUCAUUUGAAGGAGAAGAAAAACAAAAACAAAAACAAAACUGGUUCAGGACACAUGGACGAGAUUACUUCGGUGAGGUCGGGAAGUGAUUUUUGGGCUAACGGACGGAGUCGGACACCAUCCUUGGCGACUUAUUCAGCUAGGGAAUGUGCCUAUGGGAAUGAAAAUUCUCUCUCUGCGCCGGCAAAAUCAAGAGCGCGGUCGAGGUCGAGGUCUCCGGGACCUAUGAGUCACACUGACCGUAGUGGAUAUCGGGAUUCGGGAGCAUCGUUCGAAGAUGAAACGGACUCGCAAACGACAGAAGUUCCUGAACAGGAUGUUGAUGAUGGUGUUGUGGAUGAAGUGGGAGCUCAGGAUGCGUUUGUUGCGGGGAUGAUUUAUGCGCUUAGUAGACGAAUGCUUCCUGGAGCUCCUUAUGCCCCAACGUCGACCGCGGUUGUCGAGAAGACGUCGAGUCACAACGAUAAGGGGAAAUGGAGGUUGGAUGAGUGUUUACGAUUCGCCACUGAACUUGCUGGAAGAAAGGCACGAAGGAGACACUGGGAGGGUUUAGCGGAUGAAAUGGUGAGAGCUGGGUGGCUAGAAUGA